AGGGUGAGAGACAGACUCUAGAGGAUCACGAGAAAUCCACCCUUAUAUAUCACAUGUCACUGAUUAAUCUUAGCAUCAUCCGACUCUUCACCGUGCUACGUAUCAACCCUCAGAACCUCCAGUCAAUGCAGAAACCCUCUUCACUUGGUUACAAUGGAACGGAAGGGGCAUGCAAUUCGGGCGCGUCAAGUUAUCCGUCAUAUUUCGUAAAUCCUAAAGACAGUAUGAAUUUAUUGCAACAUCUUCUUCAACAACUUCAGCUGACACCUUCUGAUUUAAAUAAUGUUAAUGUAAGCGAUGCAAAUAUUUGUCAGAGUUUACCUACAUCAGGAAGUAAUGUCGAGAAUGUACAAGCAGGCAGUAUGAAUGUAUUGUACGCUAGUCCAGGAAGUGUGUCCAUAGCAACUGCACAAAAUCUUGGCGUACCUAUCAGUCAGGCGCAGGCGAGUGGACAAAACACGGAUGAGGAACAAAAUGACAGUGAGAGAAAUAACACUAACCAGACACAGUAUCAGAUGUUUAGUUACACUUCAGAGCCAUCAAAUAGACAGGACAAUAAAGAAAUCCCUCAGAUGUCCGUAAAUGAGAAUCAGCUUUUUACGAUGAAAUGUCAAAAUGACAUACAGGAUGAAAGUUUAGCCCGACAUGAUCAGCAAUUAUUGGAUUUAUCGCAUCAGAAAGAUUAUCAUGAAAAAGUUAUCCGAGAACUGAAAGGGAAAGUGAAGUAUUUAGAAAGUACUGUAAAUGAAAUGGAGGGUCGCUGUGGGAAUGGAGUUUAUGUUUGGAAAAUAAAAAAUUUCUUGAAAUUAAGACGUGAGGCAGAAAGAGGUGAAAUUACUGCAAUACAUAGUGCUUCAUUUUAUUCAAGUUAUUAUGGUUAUAAACUUUGUAUUAGAGUUAAUCCAAAUGGAGUAGACAGUGCAAAAGGUACACACCUCUCUUUAUUUAUUCAUUUUAUGCAGGGGGAGUAUGACGAUUUACUGGAAUGGCCAUUUAGUGGAAGGAUAGUUCUUACAAUAAUUGAUCAAAAUCCCAUGUGCGAAAUGCGCAAUCAUAUCUCUGAAACACUAAUGUCUAAACCGAACUUGGCAGCAUUUCAGCGUCCAGUUAGUACUAGAAAUCAUAAAGGCUUCGGGUACAUGGAGUUUUUACCACUAAGUGUAAUCGAUGGAUCUACGUACAUAAAAAAUGAUACUCUUAUAAUUAAAGCCAAUGUCAUACCAUCCAGCCUAUAGCAUGAAUGCUUUGAAAAAGUAGAAUUAAUAUGUAAUAUAUGAAUGUGUAAACAUGUAUAAAAAAGAGUUAAGCAUAUUUUGAAAAUUUUAGUGCUUGUUUACUAGAACUGAUUUUAUAGUAGAUACAGCUUAACUGUUUUUAAAACCUAGUAAAUUUAUGAUAUGAAUUUAACAGAUAAACGAUUGUAGAAAAGCCAACAUAGUAGCUCAGGAACAUUGCAAUUUGUUGUAUAAUAGUGAUCAAACCAUACUGUGUACUUGUGAUUGAAUUUUUAUUUUUUUGUUUAUGUUGCAAGUGUUAUGCAAUUACAUUUUUGUUGAUGUUGUAAGCUAUAUUGGAACUCUGUCAAUCUGUUUUUAUCUGUGAUAUAGCAACGAUUGCAUGCAAGUUUAUGAUUGCAGAUUUGAUACAAGAAAUGUUUUAUGUGUUAGAUAAUACAAUUGUAUUAGAAUCUCGUGCUAAAAAACAAGCAUGAUUUCUUAUUGUAGACUGUAAUUGGUAUGAAAUAAAAGCUGUGGCACAUUA